CGGCCGAGCACCCGCGGCGUGGUGGCGGAGGUGUGUCGGGCAGGUGUGGUGAGAGUCACGGCCUUAUAAACUGUGCAUCGCCCACACCACCGCCAGAGACCAGCCGAGACUCGCUCAAGAAACAUCCCUCAAGAUGGUGUCCCGCGGCGUGACCAUGGUGGCGGCGGUUGUGGUGGUAGUGCUGGCGGCGGUGGUGAGUGGCGAGCCGGGCUUCCUGAAGGGUCGCCCGCGGUGCCACACUCACGUCAGCCACGUGCCGCACUACAAGACGGUGCUCAAGAAGUUCCCCGUGUACAAGACUCACUACAACGAGAAGUACGUGCCUGCCCCCAUCUACCACACGGAGUACAUCACCAAGUACGAGCCGCAGUACCAGACCGAGUACGUGCCGGAGUACGUGUACACCACUCUGUACACCAAGCACAACGUGUACGUCACCAAAACGGAAGUCAAGUACGAGACCAAGUACCAGACGGAGUACGUGCCGCAGUACUACACGGUGACCAAGACUCAGGAGACUUACAAGACGGUCUGCCCCAAGUCCCCGUACACCCCUUACUGAGGGGCGAGGCGGGGCGGGGCGGGGCGCAGCUGGUGAGGCCCCGUGCUGUGGUGGUGCGUGGAAAUAGUUGUUCCCCGCCCAGCCGUGCAUUCUUACCCUCUUCGGCCAGUUAUCGUUUUCUGUUUUUUGUUUAACUAAUAAUAAAUACUUGUAUGAAAA